AAUUUGUUUCGGUAUCCAAUUUGUAAAUCAAAAUGUCUUUUGCUCAAAAUAAUAUAAUGAACAAUUCAUUUAUAAAGUGAAAGUGUACGAAAAUUUGCUGAUAAAACUUAGACUUUAAAACUAUUUAAAACUAACUAUCUGGAUCAUUUGAUCAUCAAUUUAAUUAAAUUGAAACUUUUCAGAUAGGAAAAUGCCAUAUAAUAGAAAAAAAAUUGUUUCUCUAAUAUUGUUGUUGAUAAUAUUAAUAUGCAAAGGAGACAGUAAUGUCAAAAAUAUCGGCUUUAACGAUUCUAAUGCCAGGAAAACGUUUUUCACAACAGCAAAAGGCUCUGCUUUCGAGACCACAUCCAGUCUUACUACUUCGCUCAAACCAACCAACACACCUACUGCAACUGAUGACACUUUAGAAACAAUUUUGCCUGAAAAUGAUGAUACUUCAUCACUAGAAAGUGAACCUAAUGUGAGAGAAAGUAUUGGGCUACAGAAGGCUCUUGAAUGGUUAAGAGAAAAACGUUCCCCCGAUUUUGGAUGGGGUAACGAUACACAUAUGGUUAUACUUUCCAAAGAGUUGGCAGGUUCUCGAGAUGGAAAUGAUAUGGAUAGCCAUUUACAGACCAUUGCAGAGUUAGAAAAUGCUCUGUCUGAAAAGCAAAUGGAAAUAGAAAUACUUAACAUGAUUACACCACACCAUCUAUAUCCGAAGCCUAUUGAUUCCGACAGAUUGGCUAGGUACAUUUUAGCGUUAAGCUCUUUAUGUAAAAAUCCCAGAAGUUUUCAUGGACACGAUUUAGUGAGUACCUUACAACACCAUGAACCAACAGCUGACUAUGAAUUUGCAUUAGCUACGUUGGCUGCAUGUAGCUCAGCAACGCAUGUAAGAAAAAGACAAAUUCGCCGACUAUUAGAUAUUGCCAGUGGUGAGGUGAACAAUGUUGACACAAUGGCUAUGGUUUUGCUUGCUUUACGUUGUAUUGUAACUGAUCACCGUCAUCGACAUUUACAACAUUUCGUUAGACGGCCAGCAAGAGGGCUUGCAAGCUUACAAGGUCCUAGGGGUGGAUUUGGUUCAUUACGAAGUACAGCACUUGCCAUGCAGGCCUUGCAGGAUCUUGAUUUAGAUCCAUCUGGAAAAUGGGACCAAAUUGCAGCUUCUAAGUGGAUAUUGGAUAGACAAAUGAGCGAAGGCGGUUGGGAGGAAGAACCUAUAGAAGAUGGACAAGAACCUCCAGAUUGCAGACUUACAGCAGAAAUAAUAUUGGCUUUGGGACAUAAAGGGUUGGGAGCCGUUCGGGCACUUCAUUGUGAGCAUGAGCCUCAUGAUUCGCUUUACAUAGGAGAAAAUAAUGAAAAUGGGGAGACAAAAUUGGCAGCCCCUGUAGGACUUACUUCAUCUGCUGAGGAAAAUGAAGCAAAAAAUGUCUCAUACUCCUACACUUUGUGGGUAGGAACAAACGUAACUGAAGUGAUAACAAUGACUCUAACUUCUCCGAGAAACACCAGUUUUUUCAAGGCUAUGACACAAGCAGCAGAAAUGGAUCCUAGAUUUUCGUUUGAUGCCCGUGAAUGGCCGAAUGGACAUUAUGUUCAUACGUUAGCAGGGAAAAAGGAGGAACCACGUGGUUACAAUUUUUGGAUUUUAUAUCGAUUACCAGAGUACCCCGAAAUUUCUUCUCCACCAGGAAAUCAAUUGAUUGCACCAGUUGGUGUUGAUGAACUCCUUGUUGAAGAUGGAGAGCAUUAUUUGUAUUGGUAUAAGAAACUAUAAUCCUCAUUAUAAGAUACACAAUAUAUUCAACUAUACAGCUUGACACACAAAAAUAAUAUUAUAAAAAUAAGCCUUGAGGGCAAUCAAUGUUAAAUAAGUCCUUUGUUCAUACACAAAUUAACUCAAACUAAUCUAUUUACACAUUUUCUUUCAACAUGGCAUUGAGUUUUCUACAUUAAUUAUUUUUAUACUAAAAUAAUUUUGUUUUCUUCUUAAAUGUUGUCUCUCUUUCCUUGUAUCGUCCGUAUGGUUUACUCCCAAGUAUGAAAUUUAAAGCAUUUAUAAAGCGAACCAAAAAAAAGCUUAAAAAUUUCAUGUUAAUUAGGUCUAGAUACAGGCACAAAUAGAUACCUUUCAUUAUAGGAGCAUACAUGAUUUAAAGAAUGAAGAAAUGAAUUAAAAACUUACACUGAUGAAACAUAGCAUACGUUAUUUCCCAGUUCGUAGUAUUUAAAAAUAGACUGCAAUCUUUUUUAGCAAUUAAUGUUUAUUAAUAAAAGCUAUUGUUAUCAAAAGAAAUAAAGCAGUGAUAUUAUACUAAUAUUUAAAUGUGGA